GAAUAAAGCUCAAAAACAAUACUCUCUUAGCGAAAACAAAAACAUCACAUGUUUUUGCAUAAACAGAAGCUGUGGUAUAAAUACCGGUCAAUUUGUUCAACAAUUAUCAGCAAUUCUAACCAAAUCAGUUGAUAAUUUUCUCUGUUACCACAAAUAGGUAAAAAUCAAGAUGCGUUUCACAGUUUUAUGUUUGAUGGCUAUGGUUGCCUGUGCAUCAGCCUGUUGGGGAAAUUCUUGCGGUAACACCGUAGAUAAUCUUUCUAGUACUGGCAUUAGAAAUAGCGUAUCAGGUAACAACGGCGACACCAUGAUCUUAAACGGUGUUAAAAACAAUAUGGCCAACGAUGUUGGAGGCCGUGGUAACAACUGGAACCGUGACAACAACGUAGUCAGGAAUGCACAGGUUACUGGCAUCUCGAACGACGUACACGGCAACAAUGGUGACACUGCCAUCGUCAAUCAAGUCCAAAACAACAUAGGAAAUAAAGUCGGCCGUAAAGGAUGCUCUACCUGCUAAUUGGAGAAAAUGGGAUCCAAGCUGACACAUUGACCAUUCGUUGGCAAAAGUCGGGCGAUUUUGUUUGUUGAUCUCUAUUGUUAUUUCGAUUGUUCAAUUGCGAUGUGGAUAAUAAACAUAUCAAUUCAAAAAAUUACUUAAA